AUGAGUGGAUUUGCUUCACAAACGCAUCUUAUACGUCGUACAAAUUUCAUUGCACAUAAACGUUAUGGAUUAAAAUGUUUAUUUUCACCUGAUAUGACUUUGCUAGCAACAACAUCAGCAGAUGGAACAGCAAAAAUAUGGCGUACAUCAGAUUUUGCUUGUCAAUAUGAAUUGAAACAUGAUCGAUUACAAAAUUGGGUAUGGGAUUGUGCAUUUACAUCGGAUUCCGUAUUUCUUAUAACAGUGUGUUCGGAUGGAAAAGCUCGUUUAUGGUCAACUGAGACUGGCAAUGUUGUGAAAGAAUAUAUUGGUCAUCAAAAACCUGUUACUUGUCUAGCGUUCGAUGAUCGAACUUUCCGAUAA